AGGUUUGAGGUAUUAACCAAACUGGGAUACUUCGGCACGGGGGAGAGGUGCAUUCACUUGCAGCAGACGUUUUUGGGACGCAUUGUUGCCCAUCUGCGGACGCAGUGAAAAAUGUGUAGAGAGUCUCAUCGAUGUCGGGUCAGCGUGACAAGUUUGUUGAUCUGCAAAGUUUGCAAAAUGGUAGCAGUUCUGGUGGAUGUAUCGAGCCCACUUCAAAUCGAGUGAUAGGUGAUGGAGACUCCGUCGAAGAUGUCUUGUGCUUUGAUCGGAGAUCCUCCUUGGUCAAUACCGCACUCGGGCUGAUGGCAUAUCAAGUGCCGCAGGUCUGCGACCUUAUGAUGAGACAUUGGAUGGAUAUGCUUCAUUUGCUCCUGCGUCAUGACAGUUUGACAGCUCCAAAGCUGCGGCGAAUGUUGGAUAGUGCUGAUUCUGUAUUGAAAGAACUGAAAGGCCCACAUGCUCUGGAAUUGAUCGAGGCUCUACUGAAGGCAGCGGUACAUAUGAAGAGUAUGUUACAAAAGAGCUUAUUAGGCAACUGGACAUUCGUGAGAACUAUAUGCCGUGGCAGUGAAGUUAGUGAUGCGGCGUGGGCUGUUGAGAAAAUCCUUGAGUAUGUGUCGAAGGAAAAAGAAGCUAUUUACUGUCAGCUUAGCCCGAUUGCCAGGUUACACGUAUGGCGGCUUAUGCCAACUCGUUUGAAGGAAGAUCUGUCCGACCUUGCGAAUGAAUCCAUGCGACGCCCGCUGCUAUCUCUGAAACUUGAAUCUGGUACAUUCAGAGCUUUCGGUUUCAUGGUUGCAAGCCUUGCACUUGCCCCUGAUCUGCUUAAUGAAGUUCGACGCCUUCUUCUGAUAUGGUCAAGCUCAGUGUGUGCAGUGCGAUUACUGGAGCUUCGUGCACAGCUUACAGUUGCAGUUCAUAGUACUCUACAAUACUCCUCAGGUUCUACCACACCUGAAGGUUUUUGGUUGCAUGCCGUGCAUUGUAGCGGUCUGCGGCCUUUUCUUCAGGUCCUAACUGGAGCUCCUACAAUUUCUGCUCUGAGACACCUUGUAGAAUUGAUGGAAAGACGAGACUCUGGUGCUAGAACAGCAGAAAAGAGGGCAAUAAAGGUACCAAAUUGUGAGCGAUCACCGAAACGGCAAAGACGAAACCUUGAUAUAGCUGACGAAGAUCAGGCACUGGACAGCAGGUUGAAGAUCAUAAAUGACGCUUCAACUAACAAUCCUGCGAUUUCGAGAGCAGAGGAAGAAGCCAGUGGAGUGGGGAUGGAAGCACAUUCACUUGCAACUGAUUCAAGCAGUAUUAAACUGCACACCUCUAUUUCUGGGAGUCUGAAAGGUGCCUACAUUCGUUCAUCAUGGGCCCCGCUGGCAGAUUUUUUACAUUGGUCAAGUUUUGCAUCGCAGCUUCUUUUCCAGCAUGAAGGUAUGGGUGCAUCCAGCCGUAGGAGUGCUGCAGAUUUUCUGGGCUGGUUGCUGUGCCCUUCAAGUGCAGAGAGGAGAGCUUCCGUUAUUACUGAUGUUUUACAAGCUGCUGAAGAUUGGCAUUCCAUGUGCAACGAAAGGAAGGCUGAAGGCACUCAAACGUUGCGAUCUGACCAUGGAAGGAAGUUUUUGGAUUUGAAGUACAAGAAUGAAACGGAGAACCUUCCCUCCACACUCUGCAGUCUUUGUGGAGCUCCUGUUAAUUGCUCUGGUCAUCGUGCCAGUAGUGGAACACAUUGCGUCCCGAAAUCUUCCCAGUUUCAAAAUCUGAUAGCGUGGUUACUGAGAUUGUGUAGCCUUGGAAGAGAGCUUCAAUCACUGCAUUUAGAAGACAGCAAGAACGAUAGCAAGCGUCAGAGCUACCACGAUGGAUGGUGGAGAGUAAUUCGGACACUGCCAAUAGCUUCUAUUUCUUCAGAUGCAAACUUUUGGGUUCCUCAGAUUGGCGGCUUGCUUUUUUCUAUGAUACUACUGGGUAUCUCCUCCUGGUCCGAGGUACCAUUAUCAUCACGAUCCUGUUGCGCAGUGUGUGAAGACCUCCAUUGUGUGAGCUGCUGUUCUGUGAACCGACACAACUCCUCUGAGCCUCCGCACCGCACAGAACACUUAAAAGAUGAUGCGAGAAUUGAAGAUGAUCUCAGCUGGGUUCCGUUUGCUUCUGCCCUUGUAACUCACCUUGAUACCAAUUUUUGUGUUACUAGAUCAGCACCGCCUGCAGUUUCUGAUUGUGAGCUUUGUGUCAGGAGGUUCGUUGCAGCCUGUGUUCAUCACUGGGUCCAAUUGAUGAACCAGUCAACUGGUAGGAGUCCACAAUUUGAUGUUGGAAUUAAGUAUGAUAGACGCGUUCAAAUCCUAGAGGAUUUACACACACGGGUCAUAGCCUGGGCUAAUUCGACUGGUGCGGGUACUGAGUUGGCUCAGGCUUUUGGAGAUUUAAAAUUCCAGACACAACAAUUCAAAGCAUUUUUGUAAUAUGUGAGGGAUGGUUCCUAGAAUAUGGUCCCCAAAAUUUUCGUAAAACAAGAAAAAGUGAUUAAGAUUACUUCCUGUA